CUUAAACCAAAAUCAACUGCUAAAGCUUUCUACGUAUAGUUUGAUUUAAUUAUCUGCAAGGCAAUACAGAACCAGCUCACCUCUCAUGACUCCCGAUCUCUAAAUCUCACUCAAAAUCUGGACAUAUGCGCAGAGAGAGAGAGAGAGAGAGAGAGAGAGAGAUGGUCCACCACCAAAUUAAGCAGCUAGCUAGGCCUUGCAACUUGAAGUAACAUAUGCAUGCAUCAGAGUGGAGUUCCCUACUAGUAUAUAUAAUUGAAACUCGGCUAGUUAACUUCAAUAUACCUCGAUCUCUAUAUCUCUCUCCCCUUAUUCUGGAGAUAUACAGAAGAAUGCUCUCUCAUUCAAAGAGAGAUAGAAGCUAGCCUAUUUUUUUAGGAUAAUAGUAUAGCACCGUCAGUGGAUAGCAACAGUAGCAGUGCCAUUAUGAUCUUCUCUUACUCCAUAUUAGUGCUCAUGCUGUCUCUAACAGCCACCACCAUCAAUGUGGUUGCAACGACGAAAGAGCAAGAGCUAGAUCGAAUUUCAGCACUGCCGGGACAACCGCCUGUUUCUUUCUCGCAGUAUUCUGGCUACGUCACCGUCAACAAGAAACAUGGCCGAGCUCUCUUUUACUGGUUCACUGAAGCCACUGCUUCUCAUCAGAACAAACCUCUCGUUCUCUGGCUCAAUGGAGGUCAGUACUCAGUUUUUAACACCAUGAUUCCAAGAACUAUUUAUCUUGUAUUAUGUGUGAGACCGGGUUGUUCAUCUGUAGCUUAUGGAGCAUCGGAAGAAAUCGGCCCGUUCCGAAUUAAUACAACCGGUUCAUCUCUUUAUCUCAACAAGUAUUCAUGGAACCGAGAGGCGAAUGUUCUCUUUCUUGAAUCGCCUGCUGGUGUCGGUUUCUCAUAUACAAACACAAGCGCUGACCUUAAAGAUUCUGGGGACAACAGGACUGCUAAGGAUGCUCUAAUCUUUUUGCUCCAGUGGUUAUCAAGAUUUCCUCAAUACAAAUAUAAAGAAUUCUACAUUUCCGGGGAGAGCUAUGCAGGGCGUUAUGUUCCUCAGUUGGCAAAGGAAAUUGUCAAUUACAAUAAAGCACAUUCCCAUCCCAUUAUCAAUCUGAAGGGAUUUAUUGUGGGCAAUGCUGUAAUAGACAAUUAUUACGAUAGCAUCGGAACCGUGGCAUAUUGGUGGACACAUUCCAUAAUAUCUGAUCACACCUAUAGAUCAAUCCUCGACCACUGCAAUUUCACAGCUGAUAAAUCAACAACACAAUGCGAUGACGCUGUAUAUUACGCAAUGAACCAUGAAUUUGGAGACAUUGACCAGUACAGUAUUUACACACCAUUUUGCUUGACAAAAAUUAAUAACUCCAACAGGCAUCCAAGGCUUAAAAACACUCUUCUGCGCCGACGCGGGUAUGAUCCCUGCAUUGAGAAUUAUGCAGAGAAGUACUAUAAUCGGCCAGAUGUACAGAAGGCAAUGCACGCAAAUAUUACUAAAAUUCCUUACAAGUGGACUGCUUGCAGCGAUACUAUUUUCAAGAAUUGGAAUGAUUCAGAAGAUUCCAUGCUGCCUACAUACAAGGAACUGAUGGCAGCUGGUCUAAAAAUAUGGGUUUUCAGCGGGGACACAGAUUCAGUAGUACCAGUGACUGCUACAAGAUUUUCUCUUAGCCAUCUCAACCUUACUAUCAAAACCCCAUGGUAUCCAUGGUACACAGGAGGCCAGGUGGGAGGAUGGACAGAAGUCUACCAUGACUUAACCUUUGCAACUAUACGAGGCGCCGGCCAUGAGGUUCCACUGUUUCAGCCAAAGAGAGCUUUCGUGCUUUUCCAAUCAUUUUUAGCAGGAAAACAAUUGCCAAGACCUAAUAAUACAGAUCCCCAUACAAAAUUUGGCUGGUGAUGGAAGUUAUGGAAGAGCUAGCUAGGCAAUUGAUCAGUUUAGAAUCAUUUAUUCAAAAUAUUCCUUACAUAUUCAUCUUUUCAAGACAAUGUAUUUAAUUUCAACUUUCAAUUAAAUAUAUAGAUCAAGGUGA